GUCGACGACUCCACGCGCGCGCCGUCGGUCAUCAAACGCGAGCCAGAAGGAAAGCGACGCGCCGCUGUAACAACGAUUCCCGUCGACGAUCCCGCGCGCGCGACCACCACAGAACCGCUGCAGCAGUCCGCGCACGAUACGCGAGUCGCCGGUAAAACAGUAUUACCUGUCGUAUCGCCGCGCGCAGCGUCACACAAUCGCCACCGGUCCGUCCGGAACAACGGGUCAUUGAUUCGGUCUCUGCCGCAGCCGUCGCCGAUUUCUGCACGCGCACUUGUACGUUUUGUCUUCUGUUUUUUAAAAUUUUCGCGCGCGCGCGUUCAAAAUUCGAGGAUUUUAUAUCGCAAUUAGAUUUUAAAAUUGAGCACGCAAACACGAUUAGACUUUUCCMCGUCCGGUCCGCKCCGUUUCGAUAAUAAUAAGAAUCACACAUCAAUAGAUUAUUAUCGUUAUUGUAAAAUAGUAAUAACGCCGGAAAUUCGCACUCAUCGUGCCAUUCGCUGAUGUUGUUUGUUAAUAAUACAGCGUUUCUGCAGUGGAGUUCUGUUGACGUCGCAUAAUCCGCGUCACGAAUUUCGCAGUCCGUUAGGUUAAAAAAAACAGAACGAUCGUCUAUCCCUAUGCAUCAAUGACUAUCAUGUCAAGACAAACCACGCCAUGCGGUUGAGGAGACAUCAACGACAGUUAUACGAGAAAACAUUAUUCGUUCAUUUACACUACUGUACUGAUAUCAAUCGAUAUUCAUAUUUUCGCUGAAAAUAUAUAUAUAYCUAAGUUGCGGUGCAGUAGUCUUCGAAACUACUGAAACAAUCAACUACCUACAAUAUUUUUUGUCACAAGAAUAGAAGACACAUCGAAUCCUACAGAAUGAAGAGACAUGGCAUUUGUUCAGCAAUGAAGUCUUCACUAGAUAAAACAUUAUUACUUAAGAUUUCCAUAAUUGGAUUGAUCAUCAGCCAGAAUUUAGUGAAAUCGUAUCCUUCAUGGGAUACACAAACUGCUCUUACAGAUUUCGGGCGUAAUAUCAGACAAUUGCCAUGCGUCAGCCGGAGAUCCGGAGAGACGGGCGUGUGCAUGUUCGCUUACUCCUGUGCUAAAGCUAAUGGCACCCACCUGGGCACCUGCAUCGAUCGAUUCUAUUUUGGAAGCUGCUGCAAGACCCAGUCGAUCACAGACAUCGAUGCGGCCAACGAACCGGACAAUUACCUGAACAACAAUGAUGUGGCCGGUCCGUCUGAAACGACCGAUACAAAAGCGGGCGCACAACUGCAUCAACAGCAGACGACUUCAGGCACCACCACUGCCGACAGGUACAGCACGCUGAGGCCGAGCUCAUAUGCAGCGGCAACCGGUUACCCACCGUCCACUUCGCAGUCGUACAAGCCCACCAGUCAGUUCGCUGUAUCGUCCACGCCGUCCACCACCACGUCGACGUCCACAUCGCGUACCCAAUACACAGAACUAUCAGUUUCAAGUGGAACGAAACCGACGUUUGCAAGCAGUAGCAGUUCUCCAACGACCGGUUCGAUAUCGUCUUCGUACUCAACUACGAUAUCGCAAUCGACGAAACCAAUGCCGUCGACCACUUUCUCAACGGCCAAGCCUAUGGUCAAGCCGGCCUCAUUCAGACCUCCACCGAUUAGAGACCAGGCCACUACCUCCACGGCUGCCGUCCAAAAACCAAAGCCUCAGACUGCGAGACCAACAGUCCAGUUCAGCGUGCCUAGCUCAACGGCCGGCUCAUCGAACGAACCAACUGCGAAGCCCUCCACGACCGGACAACCGUACACCUCGAUGACAUCGAUGCGUCCCAUCCCACAGUACAACUCCACCGUUACGACCACGUUUUCCACCACUAAACCCGUCGUAAAACCAUCGAGCACCACCUACAAAUCGACAAUUGCAUCCGCAGCCCCGUCCACGACGACAAUGUCCACGUCCACGCAUAAGGUCAAACCACAGACCAUAUCCAAGCCCGCCGCGACGACGGCCAAACCUAAACCUACCAUUGGCAAACCAGAUUCAACCGGGUCCACUGUCGAAUCUGUGACUGGAUCUACGUUUGCGACUGGAUCCACGUAUGCGACUGGAUCUACGUACGCGACCCGCUCGACGGUCGAAAACGUCACCGAAAUCAUAGCCAAUUUCACCGGAUCCACUGCCCAUGGUCAGAAUCCGACUCCUAGUUACAGCAGCAUGACUACUGUCACGUCUACAUCACCAACUCUGGUCACUUGGACUACACUCGAUAGAGUCCCCGCUGCACCGGCUGAAAACACGAAACCACCACCAUCGAGCAUGACUCACAAACCAUCGGUCACAGACGGUUCAACACUUCCUUCUUGGGUCAAACUUCCAGUCGAGACACAUGAACCCAACACUGUCAGCACGCCGACAAAAGAGAGCAGCUCUGGUGCAUACUCAUCGACGAUGACAAUGCCCAAGCCGACAAUUCUCCCUAGUCCAUCCGACAAUGAUAUCCUUGUUACAAACAAUGCGGAAACGACCUACACUAGCACGCAAAAUCCUACAAGUACAUUGUCAAUGCUCAUGCAAUCGACAUCAACGGAUUCAGUCGAAGCAGGAAAUACUCCUCUCAAUAUGUCCAACUACAAAGAUGUUUGUGGAAGACGACUUUUCCCAACGGCUAGAAUAGUAGGAGGUGAAAAAGUUUCGUUUGGAAAAUGGCCGUGGCAAAUUUCAUUGAGACAGUGGAGGACGUCUACGUACUUACACAAAUGUGGAGCAGCAUUAUUCAACGAAAACUGGGCUGUAACUGCUGCGCAUUGUGUUGAAAACGUUCCUCCGAGUGACUUACUACUCAGACUCGGUGAACACGAUUUAUCAGUAGAAGAAGAACCUUAUGGUUACGAAGAACGAAGAAUACAAAUAGUCGCAUCACAUCCACAGUUCGAUCCCAGAACUUUUGAAUAUGACUUGGCACUUUUGCGAUUCUACGAACCUGUAAAGUUUCAACCUAAUAUCAUACCUGUUUGCGUUCCUGAGGACGAUUCUAAUUUUGUUGGAUCGUCUGCCUACGUCACCGGAUGGGGAAGAUUAUAUGAAGACGGACCUCUUCCUAGUGUUCUACAAGAAGUAACAGUUCCUGUGAUCAAUAAUUCCGUUUGUGAAACUAUGUACCGUGCAGCUGGAUACAUUGAACACAUACCAGAUAUAUUUAUCUGUGCUGGUUGGAAAAAAGGAGGAUUCGAUUCGUGCGAAGGUGAUUCCGGCGGACCGAUGGUAAUUCAAAGACCCGACAAGAGAUGGCUACUAGCUGGUAUCAUAUCGUGGGGCAUUGGAUGUGCUGAACCAAAUCAACCCGGUGUAUACACCAGAAUAUCAAAGUUCAAAGACUGGAUCAAUCAAAUAUUGCAAUUUUAACGGACAAGGAAAAAGCAACACUCGAAAUUUUCAUCCAAAAUAUCAUUAUCAAGUUGGUCGGUUAUACGACCACAAUUUUUAGACAAUUUUUUUUUCGUUCCUAAUGAUUUUAUACAGUACUCAUAGUAUGUUUUUUUUUCGCACGACUUGCAACAAAAAAACAUCAUGCGGGAUGCUCAGUUUAAGUGUCAUCGAUCAGUGUGAAUAGUUUCUAAUUUUGUUCGUAUACGUUUAUUGCUAAUAGGAGAGAUGUUUUAUUUACAGAGAACACAGCCGUUUUAUAGAUCUCUGUAGACUAUUACGUCAACGGAUGCAAUUUAAUAGAACAUCUUUUUUAGAUAGGUAUUGAUUGACAUGUCACAAAUUGUAUACUUGUUAUAGUUGUUUUCACUAGAUGUAUGUCUCAUUAUUCUUAUACAUGUGGAACCAUGCUCGUCUUUUAACUAUUGAAUUGUCCAUCAGACAUCAGCUAGUGUAAUACUCGGCAGAGACCUUCACGAAUAUAUUUUUCUACAUGAAGGACACAAUAUUGUUAUGACUCACAAUGUUCCUUUUAUUUCGAACACCAUAAUACUUAAAAAUAUACACGAUAUAAUAGUUUUACUAAGUGAAUAGCAAUUUAAAUGUUAUAGAUAGAUAGA